ACCAGGGCACGCGGACGAGGAUUCCGGAUCCCUGGACUCAGUCCGUUUGGAUUCGGAUCUAACCUCUGUGGCCGUCAAGCUACCCUGUGGUGAGCAGACCCCGUUUUAGGGGUGGCGCUCCCCAGGGAUCGGGACCGGUAGCUCCAGCACCCAGGAGUCGGCUCCCUCCGCAGGAUCCUCCCGCCUUGGACCUUUCCCGGAUCAGUCGUCAAGUGUGAGUUUUUCGCUCCUUCCUUUCCUUUCUCUCCCUCACCCCCGCCUUUUUAAACUCACCUCGUUUUCCGCGGUUUCAUCCGCUCUGGCCGUUUUAUCGGCCCAUUCAAUUCAAGCCCUGCAGGCCAUUUUUUCUCUACCGGCAUAGACCGGCGGCGGGGUUUGGCGACUGUCCCUUUUCUAUCCUUCCUCUCCUUUUUCGUUUUUCCAAGGCGGGCGGGCUUGGGUCGUCACUUAACAACAGCAUGGGUGCAAAAGUCUCGACGACCCAAAAGAGGCUUGUUAGAAAAGUUCAGGGGGUUUUAGUUGUGGGGGGUUUUGAUAAUGUUCACAAGAAGGAUAUUAAAAUGUUGGUUGCUUGGCUCCUCUCCCAAUUCCCUACCACAGACCCCGAGCAGAUUCUUAACCAUACGUUCUGGUCCCAUGUCGUUUUAAAAGCUAACAGUAUGUGCCGCUCGGGGGAUUCUAAGAUGUUAAAAAUCGCGUAUCUAAGCUCAACUAUUCGGGACCUUUUACGAUCUAAGAGGCAAUUGGAAGAGCAGCCAACCUCACCUGAGUUCGUCCCCAGUUCGGUUGCGUGUUCUUCCCCUACCCCUUUUCCCUCUGCCUCUACCCCAAGAUCUGGGAUCCUGAAGAGAGCAGCCCGCGAUGGCAGCGCGCAGGAAUUAUACCAUCCUCCUGGCUCUCUUCAGGGUGUCCCUUCCCUCCGCCCGAGGAGUCCUGGCCAGACUCUUCGGGAUUCUCCCUGUCCCCCCUUUUCCCCAGUUAGGUGUUUAAAAAGUUCGAAAUCUGUUCGUUUUUAUCCUCCUCCUUCCCCUACCCCUUUGGGAGAUUCACCAUCACAAGAUGGCGCGGAUGAAUCCCAAAGUGGCGGAGACCUCAUGGGUUUUCCCGCCGAAACGCCUCCUUCUUCCCGAAAUCCCUUUCGUUCCCCGCGAAACCCUUUCCGUUUCCCUGACCCCUCCUCUUCCUCAGUUCCCUCCGCUCCGCCCUUGCCUCCGCCCCUCCCUCUGCGCGGCGCUCCGCCCCCAGCUCCACCUUUCGAAGCCUCCGCCUCUGAGGCGGGGACAACGCCAUCGGUCCCCGCCCCCGUCACCGGCUCCUCCUCUUCCGCCCCGGGCCCUGGUUCCCACGCUCCCUCUUCCGGUUCCCACGCUCCAUCGGGUGCUGGGGGGGGGGCUGGGGCCUGGAACCAGGGGCCGCUGCUUAACCUUUCCGCGGCUCCGGUUUCUUACAUCCCGGGGAGGGAAGGGAGGACCCAGGCCCAGUGGAUCCCCUUUUCAAAUCAAACCAUCAAAGAGUUAUGUAAGGCCCAGAAGGAUUACUCCAGGGAAAGUGAGUUUUUCCGGGGAAUCCUGAGGGCCACACUAACAGAUGCCAUCGUCAUUCCUGCCGAUCUCCGGCGGAUCUUUUCGUGCUUGCUUAGCCCCUCAGAGUUCCGUCUCUGGGAGGCAAAUUGGAAACGAGAGAUAGGCAAGAUUUUGCCUCAAUUAUGGCAAGAUGCAAGCUCCGCCAGGGACACGGAGGGAGGAAUGAUUUCUACAGACCAUCUUUGUGGCAUCGGGGACUGGGCAGACGGGAACUACCAGGCUUGGUAUAUCCCUGCAGAGGCACUUAAGGCAACAACAUCUGCAGCAUUGAAAGCGUUCACUGCCCUUAGACCUCCUACUGCUCCCCUCAUUUCAUAUACUAAAAUCAUACAAGAAGAUAACGAACCGUUUCUUCUUUUUACUGAGCGGUUAAGGAAAGCGGUAGAAAUGCAGGUGCGGGAUGAGGCGACCCGGGAGGAAAUCCUGACAGAGAUGGCAGCCACCAAUGCAAAUCCUGCGUGCAAGGCUGCCAUCCUCAGCCUCCCCUUUGACCCUCCACCGGACCUGACCCAAAUGCUGCAAGUUUGCGAAAGGAAGGUGUCUGUCCUCCCCGAAAGUACUCCCAGAGGACAGCGCCCAACUCAGCGGAGAGUCGCCGUAGCAGAAUCUACCACGGCAGAGGACAAUAAUCCAGCACCGCAUCGGACGCCCCGUCCCAUCCGAAGACCACCUCCCGGCGCCGAUGCUCCGUGCCACUUAUGCCAAAAGACUGGGCAUUGGAUGCCUGACUGCCCGUUGAGGAAAGAGUUUUAUAACUUUAAGUUCCAUCAGAAACCUCAACGGGCAGAUCAGCACUCAAAAAACUAACUCAAGAGCGCGAGGCCUCCCCGCGCAAAGAUAAAAGUAGGGCGGAGAACUUUCCAUCUCGCGGGGGGGGAGGAGGAGGGGAACAGCCGGAGGCGGUUCCCCAGGUUAAUCCGCCUACGUUGUCAUAUCCACAGGACUCGACUACCUCAUAUCCAAUACUGACUACCACUUCUAAUAUCUCUCCGUACAGGCUCCAGCUCAUCGAGCCCUUACACCUGACAGACACCAGUUUCCGGGAAGUCUCCGUCUCGCCAGACGCACAAGGUACUUGGUGGCGGGUCAAAUAACCCACGCCAUGGCAGCCCCGCUGGAGACCGUACGACUCACGGCCUUCGUCAUCACCUUCUCACUCCUUGUGUUGCCAUCUAUGCCGUGGGUCGUUCCCCAGCCAAGAAAGAACGUUUGGAGAACUCUCGCCGACGCCCUCGGUCAAGACAGUCUUUGCCUCACCACCGCAUCAGCAGCAGACCCCUUGUCCACCUGCCUUGUGGGGAUCCCGUCUCCUCCAGAUGAGUUGCCCCCAUCCAUCCGUGAUUCUCUAGAGCCUUUCUUUGAAAAUAAAAUCAACCGCCCCUCUGACCCUAACCCUAAUGUUGUCUGGAGGAGAUUUGCCAACAGACUAAAUCAGUCCAAAACCGAACCCCUAGAAUUAAAAUUGCUCGGGUCCUCCGCAUUUCAUUUUUGCAUUCAGUUCUUCCCUUACUCCGACCUAGACACUUCCCUACAAAUUGCAAAUAUCACCGCAAAUGUCUCACUUUGCCCUUCCCUGUCACAGAUUACAACCUCGAUUACCCAGGACUUUAAACCUCGCUCUCUACCCAACGGUUAUUUUUUCAUUUGUGGGGACCGAGCUUGGCAAGGCAUCCCCUCUCGCCUUCUCGGAGGCCCAUGUACUAUCGGCCGGCUGUCGCUGUUUACACCCAGCACAAGUCAAAUUGUUAAUUGGCAGAAGAUAGAAGUCGCACCAAAUUCGAAUCGGACAAGACGAGAUUUAACUAAUUUGGACAGUUUGUGCGACGAAGAGAUUUUCCAUUGGAGUAAGCCAGAGGAGGUGGCAUGGAUCACCUUCCUCCCCUGGGUGGCAGUCGCUCAAUCAUUAGGCGAAUUGGGCCACCUCGAGUGCUGGGUGGCGAAACAAGCAAAUCUUACAUCAGCCGCGCUAAGUGACCUUCUACAAGACGAGGAAAUCACAAGGCAGGCCACUUUGCAGAACAGGGCAGCAAUAGAUUUUCUAUUGCUGCUCCAUGACCAUCGCUGCCAGGACUUUGAGGGGCUCUGCUGCUUGAAUUUGACUUCUAAGGCCGGGGACGUCCGUCUCGCCAUUGACCAGAUGCGAGAGAUGAUCAGCAAAAUCAAGGAAGACUCCGCGGACUGGCUGGGGAACUUGUUCUCAGGAUGGGGACUGUCAGGGUGGCUUGGGUCGGUGUUUAAAACUAUUAUUUCAGUUGUGUUUGUUGUUUUACUGGUUCUUAUCGUUAUUUCAAUUUUAUGGACAAUUCUUAAGAGACUCAUGAUUAAGUUGACUGCCCCAGCGGUCGUAAACCAUGUGAUGGAGCUUCAGCCAUCAGAAGGAGAAGAAGAUCUACGGUACGAAGACUUUGGUUACGACUGCUGGGAAGAAGAUGUUUAGUUCCGUUUAUUUUUCUUUAUUUUUAAACAAAAAAGGGGGAGAUGUGGGAUCGCGCUGGCCCGCUCCCCCCUGUCUUUAUGUUUGGUCCGGUCCCAGGACAACAGUUACCUGUCAAUCUCCCUCACUCCUCCUUCGCUCCUCCCCAGUUUGGUUAGGUUCCUCCCCGAGUCCCUGUCCGUCAUCCAGCACACUCUUCCCACCUUCUAGAAGUUUCUCUGAGUUCUGCGGGGUGAUUGGACGAGGGGCCGGGGACACUCCCCUGAGUUACUCUGGUUGGUUGUUAGGUUUGUCUGUUAAUAUCUUGUUACUCCCCCCCUACCCCCUGAUUGGUUGCUUUGUAUCCCUUAUAACCUGCUGUCGGGCACAUUUCUCUGUCUUUCGGCGGUCCUCCCUUGGGAAUUAAACCGAACUUUGGCACCCCGAAAGAA